CGAAUUGUCAGUCACUGCUGAGUUCCUGCCUACCUCGUCAUGGAACAUUUCAAGUGGACUUGACAAAGAUUCUUACCUGACCCUGGAUGAGCCCAUGAAUAACAUCACCACGUCCCUGGGGCAGACGGCGGAACUACACUGCAAAGUCUCCGGGAAUCCACCCCCCACCGUCCGCUGGUUCAAAAACGAUGCCCCAGUGGUCCAGGAGCCCCGGAGGAUCUCCUUCAGGGCAACCAGCUACGGCUCUCGGCUGCGCAUCCGAAACCUGGACACCACAGACACCGGCUACUUCCAGUGCGUGGCCACCAAUGGCAAGAAGGUGGUUUCCACCACCGGAGUCUUAUUUGUCAAGUUUGGGCCCCCUCCCACUGCAAGUCCAGGAUCCUCAGAUGAGUAUGAAGAAGAUGGAUUCUGUCAGCCAUACAGAGGGAUUGCAUGUGCAAGAUUUAUUGGCAACCGUACUGUCUAUAUGGAGUCUCUACACAUGCAGGGGGAAAUAGAAAACCAGAUCACAGCGGCCUUCACCAUGAUUGGCACCUCCAGCCAUUUAUCGGAUAAGUGCUCUCAGUUCGCCAUCCCCUCCCUGUGCCACUACGCCUUCCCGUACUGUGACGAGACCUCGUCCGCCCCCAAGCCCCGCGACUUGUGUCGCGAUGAAUGUGAAAUCCUGGAGAACGUCCUGUGUCAGACAGAAUACAUAUUUGCCAGAUCGAAUCCCAUGAUUCUGAUGAGGCUGAAACUGCCCAACUGUGAAGAUCUCCCCCAGCCUGACAGCCCAGACGCUGCAAACUGCAUCCGCAUUGGAAUUCCCAUGGCGGAUCCCAUAAAUAAAAAUCACAAGUGUUAUAACAGCACAGGCGUGGACUACCGGGGCACCGUGAGUGUGACCAAGUCGGGGCGGCAGUGCCAGCCGUGGAACUCACAGUACCCCCACACGCACACCUUCACCGCCCUCCGCUUCCCAGAGCUCAACGGGGGACAUUCCUACUGCCGCAACCCUGGAAAUCAGAAGGAGGCUCCCUGGUGCUUUACCUUGGAUGAAAACUUCAAGUCCGACCUCUGUGACAUCCCAGCAUGUGAUUCAAAGGAUUCCAAGGAGAAGAAUAAAAUGGAAAUCUUGUACAUACUGGUGCCGAGCGUGGCCAUUCCCCUGGCCAUCGCUUUCCUCUUCUUUUUCAUCUGUGUCUGCCGCAACAACCAGAAGUCCUCCGCGCCGCCGGUCCAGAGGCAGCCAAAACCCGUCCGAGGUCAAAAUGUAGAGAUGUCCAUGCUCAGUGCAUAUAAACCCAAGGGUAUUACUGCCUUUCCGUUAAGUGAAGACCUGAUGCAAUGGGAAGCUGAAAUUGAAGGUCUUCACCAUACAAUAUGGCAAGGGUUAUUCUUCCAAGUGUCAAUACAGUUUACAUCGGAAUACAAUUUGGUCCCUCCAGAUGUGAAAUUUAAAACAAUUCCUUUUCAUCCAAAUGUGGACAGAAUUACUGGUCGGCCCUGUAUUGAUUUUUUGGAUGAUCCUCAACAGUGGAAUGCAAACUACACAUUGAGCAACAUCUUACUUUCCCUCCAGGUUAUGCUCUCUAAUCCAGUACCAGAAAACGCAGUGAAUGUGGAAGCAGCCCAAAUGCUGAGGACCAAUGAAGCGAUGUACCAGAUGGCAGUUUUCAACUUUUUAAACCCACAAUUACCAGUGAAAGAUGAAAUUCCUAAGCCAUUUGAAGAAGCACAGAAAUUUGUCAGAUCAGUUAAAGCUGUUCCAUUUAGCGAGUACCUCGAGACCUGGUCUGCAAUUGGCACCUCAAGAGCCACAGAGAGUUCCCGAAACCCAUUGCUUCAUGAUUUAAAUUUUAUAACAAUGUACUAUAAAUGGCUGAGAAUGGAUCUAAGACAUCCUAAAGAAUGGCGUUUUAAGUAUGCUGCUACAAUGUCUCGGCUUAUAAGAGAAAAUAAAAGCUCAAUCACAAGAAUGACCAACCAUCCAACUCCAGAUCAAGGUUCUCCUGAUCCACAAAGUAAAACAAACACCACUACGACAAUCUUUGAAGAAAGAUCGUCAGACAAUGAAGAGUUGGGCGAGCCCUGGGAAGAAGAAGUGGAUGAGCUGGUCUCUUGGGCCAACACUCUGAAUACUGUCACCUUAGAGGAUUAAGUCUGGUGUGCUCUAAUUGAAAUAAUAAGAAGAAGAAAGAGCUUCAACACAAUCAGCUUCAUGAGUUGUUUUUGAGAAGCUCUCUAAACUUGGGUUCCAUUCUUUUCAAGCCAGUCUUUCUCUCUCACUGCAAGGAUAGAUUAGAAAUGUAUGUACGUGGCAUUGACUAGCAUUGCUCUGACUUUCAUUUAUUGAACUCUGCAGCUGGUGGUGUUCAUUGUUGUAUUAACGAUCAGUGGAAUUACACCCCCACACAGUUGUUAGGCAAAAGGAUGAGCAGUUGGGUGGGCAGAAUGUGCACCAGGAAGAGGCUGAGAUAGAAGGGACCGUACGCACUUCAGAGACUUGACAUUAUCUAAGUAUUAGGUGGUGCUGAUCCCAAAGGCUCCACUCCCGCAGGCUUUCCUCCAUGCAUGUCACCGUGUUUAUCAGCACCUGUACAUGUACCCGUACCAGAUCUGUACAUUUAUCAGUGCCAGUCCAAUUUCUCACUGUGUGGCCUCUGUGAUCAGGGCAUGAGAUGUGACCCCUUUUUCACUGUUGUCCUUCAACUGUUUUCGCCAAAAUACUUGCUCUGUUUUCUCUUAGACCUUGGUCAACCAACCCUUCUGUUUCUGAUACCUUCACUUUCUCUCUCUCCAUGUCCUGGGUUGCCUCAGUCCAUAAAUAUACUCGGCUCUCUCCUCCAGUGUGUCUCUGCUGUUGACCCUGCAUCUGCACUCCUUCCACACUAGCUUGCUCCUAGUUUCUCAAACUUCUUCUAGAAGUCUACCAUUGGCUCUCUUUAUUACUUUCAUUUAUGUUUACACUUCCUACACAAUAAAAUCUAUCGUUGGCUUCCUGUUGUUGCUGCACCUACUCAAAACAGCACCUAAUUCAACCAUGGACAAAAUGCUAAGUGGGGGGUGGGGUGGUGAUGAUAGUGCCAGCCGUUUCACAGCUGGCUUGAACAGUGGAGCAGCUG